UGUUUUCUGAUCCUCAUCUCUGCUUUGCUUCAAUUUUCCCACUCUUGCUUUUGUCAUGGAUUUUGUAAGCCCAGUCUUGGAUAUUGCCUCUUGCUUGUGGGAUUGUACUGCUAAGCGCGCUGUUUACAUCCGUAAGCUCCCAGAAAACCUCAACUCUCUAAGAACUGCAAUGGACGACCUCAAGAACGUCUAUGAAGAUGUGAAGGAAAAGGUGGACCGUGAAGAGAGACUUCGGAAGAAACGUACUCGUGCAGUGGACGGCUGGAUCCAGAAAGUAGAAGCCAUGGAAAAAGAAGUGAAUGAUUUGUUGGCAAAAGGUGAAGAAGAAAUCCAGCAGAAAUGUCUUGGAACCUGUUGUCCCCAAAACUGCCAUGCCAGCUACAAGAUUGGGAAGAUGGUGCGUGGAAAGAUGGAUGAGGUGACUUUACAGAAGACGGAGGGCUUAAAUUUCAGUGUGGUGGCUGAACCUCUGCCCAGUCCUACCGUGAUCGAGAGGCCUUUGGACAAGAUGGUGGGCUUAGAUUCAUUGUUUGACCACGUUUGUAUGCAACUCCAGGAUGACAAAGUAGGAAGUGUCGGAUUAUAUGGCAUGGGGGGUGUGGGCAAAACCACCCUCUUGACCAGGAUCAACAAUGAGUCCCUCAAAACCAGGGAUGAGUUUGAUGCAGUGAUUUGGGUGACUGUGUCCAGACCAGCCACAGUGGAAAAGGUCCAGGAAGUUGUUUUCAAUAAAUUGGAGAUUCCCAAAGAUAAAUGGGAAGGUAGGAGUGAGGAUGAAAGGAAAGAAGCAAUAUUCAACGUCUUGAAGACGAAGAAAUUUCUCCUCUUAUUGGAUGAUAUAUGGGAGCCUCUUGAUCUCUUUGCAGUGGGGAUUCCUCCUGUAAAUGAUGGAAGUAAGUCCAAGGUGGUAUUUACUACCCGUUUUUCAACCGUGUGCCGAGAUAUGGGAGCUAAGAAGAGCAUUGAAGUCAAGUGCUUAGCAUGGGAGGAAGCAUUUGCUCUGUUUCAGAAAUAUGUAGGAGAAGACACUAUAAAUUCUCAUCCCCAUAUACCAAAGCUGGCGGAGAUUGUUGCCAAAGAGUGUGACGGCCUCCCACUUGCCCUCAUCACCAUAGGACGAGCAAUGGCAGGAGCAAAAACACCUGAGGAAUGGGAGAAAAAAAUACCAAUGUUGAAGAAGUAUCCAGCAAAGUUUCCAGGUAUGGAGAAUCAUUUGUUUCCGCGUUUAGCGUUCAGUUAUGAUAGUCUACAAGAUGAAGCAACCAAAUCAUGUUUCCUGUAUUGCUCUUUAUUUCCGGAGGACUAUGAAAUCAAUUGUAAUGACCUUGUACAACUAUGGAUCGGAGAGGGUUUGUUAGAUGAAUACGGUGACAUAAAAGAAGCAAAAAAUAGAGGAGAAGAAAUUAUUGCCAGUUUAAAGCAUGCAUGCCUAUUGGAGAGUGGUACGACAGCUAGAUGGUCCGCAGCAACAUACGUGAAGAUGCAUGAUGUCAUCCGUGAUAUGGCUUUGUGGUUAGCUUGUCAAAAUGGGAAUAAGAAGCAAAACAAAUUUGCGUUUAUAGAUAAAGAGGAAUUGGUUAAGGCUCACGAAGUUGAAAAAUGGAAGGAGAUGAAAAGGAUAUCAUUAUUUUGUGGUAGUUUUGAUGAACUCAUGGAACCACCAUCUUUUCCUAAUCUUCAGACUUUGCUGGUAUCAAAUUUAUGGAAAAAGUCAUUUCCAAGGGGGUUCUUCACAUAUAUGCCUAUUAUAACAGUUUUGGACUUGUCAUUUCAUCGGCAAAUGAUUGAUUUGCCCAUGGAAAUUGGCAAAUUAUCUACUUUACAAUAUCUUAAUUUGUCUCAUACAGGGAUAGAAACGAUACCAAUGGAGCUCAGGAAUUUGACAAAAUUAAGGUGUUUGAUAUUAGAUGGUAUAUCCGAACUUGAAAUUCCAUCUCAAACCAUAUCGGGUCUUUCAUCCUUGCAAUUGUUCAGUAUGAUGUAUUUUAGAGAUUCACAAAGAGAUUGUAGAGUCUUAUUAGAGGAGUUAGAGGGGUUGAAAUACAUUGAACAAAUAUCCAUUAGUCCUGGUAGUGUUCCUUCCAUCCUAAAAUUAUUGAACUCCCAUAAGUUACAAAGGUGCGUGACACACUUUACUCUACAAUGGUGCGAGGAUAUGAACUUACUCCACCUAUUACUUCCUUAUCUAGAGAUGUUUAAUGCAACGGCUUGUUCAAAUUUGGAAGAUGUGACAGUCAAUUUGGAAAAGGAAGUGGUCCACUCAACAUUCCCAAGGCAUCGGUACUUGUACCAUCUUUCUGAAGUAACAAUAGUAAAUUGUGAAAAAUUGAAGAAAUUGACAUGUCUUAUUUAUGCUCCAAAUCUAAAGUUGCUAAACAUCCUAGACUGUGCCUCUUUGGAAGAAGUGAUACAAGUUGGCGAGUGUGGAGUUUCAGAAAUUGAAUCCGAUUUGGGCCUGUUUUCAAGACUUGCUCUUGUCUAUUUGCGGAGUCUACCAAAGCUAAGGAGUAUAUGCAAAUGGAGCUUGCUCUUUCCUUCCUUAAGAGUGAUGAAUGUGGUCCGAUGUCCAAAUUUAAGGAAACUGCCUUUUGAUUCCAACAUCAAAAUUAGUAAGAAUUUAGAGGAAAUCAAGGGAGAACAAGAAUGGUGGGCCGAGUUGGAGUGGGAGGACCAAACCAUUAAGCACAACCUCACUCCAUAUUUCAAGCCUCAAGACUAGUAGAUCCACUUCCAUGCAUGUCCAGGUUAAAUUUUUGGGGAGAUAUUGAAGAAGAUCUUUGAGAAACUUCCAAUUACCCAAAACCAUGUAAAAUGUUGAUUGUGUAAUGUCAAAUAUUCUAUUUGUAUGUGGUAAAAGUAAACUCUAAAUUGUGAUGGCAUGUUUUAUUUAUGUAUCAUGUAAUCUUGAUGUAUUAUUAUCAUCUUAAUGUGUUCUUAUUUAA